AAAAUAAGAUAUUUAAUUUGCAUAAACAAAGUAAUUAAGUGAUACAGAGUGAGCAAUCGGAGUUAAAUGAAUAAGUAAUAGUAUUGUUUUUACGACAUUACUAAUUAAACUAUUCAAGUGGUGUUGUUUUUCCAUCUACAAAUGUAAUUUCACAAUAUUGUUUUUUAUUCAAAAUUAAGCAUUCUUCGCACUGUUUCUUAAAAUAAUGAAACCAUCCAGCACGUGACGUCGAAAUUCUGUUGUUUUUUUCACUAAAAAACCUUAAAACUCUUCUUAAAUGUUAACUUUAUGUCACAACUAUUUUCAAGUAACUCCUAAUUCUAAGAACAAUAAAGAUGUUGCCCAGCAUCACAGUAAAAAGAAGUUUGUGUUUGGUGUUUUUAUUUUAUUCUUAGUUUCUGUUUUGUGGGUGGUGUCAUCAGAAUUCACAAAGUAUCUGUACAUUGAGAAGAAACUCGAAAGGCCCUUUCUUGUUACAUAUGUACGCAGUUCACUAUUGUUUAUCUAUCUAAUUGUGCUGUGCUUUUCACCACCUACAAGAGAUCCAUGUCGACCAGCUGACUAUACGCAAUUAUUGGAGCCUACAGCUGAAACAGAUGAUGAAAAUUAUUACCAUGAAGCCACAAGUAGUUUGGGAGACUCCACCUUUGUGCCAGUCAGAGCUGGUGAAACUACGGAUAGCGAUGAUGCGGCCCCCAGAGCAGUACGAUUCAAUAAAGUUGCAGAGGUGCGCGUGAUGUCAGCUGCGAUGGCGGGCGAGGCGCUGCUGGCGCGGCUGUCGUGGUCGGCCUCACUGCGCGCCUCCGAGCACGCGCAGCGUCGCGCAGCCGCCGCCGCCACCAAGCGGCAUCUACGACUAGCACUCGUCUUCUCUGUGCCUUGGUUCAUAUCGAACUAUCUGUACCGAGUGAGUUUACUGCACACGUCCACGAGCUCCGCCAUCACAUACACGUCGACGGCGAGUGCCAUCGCUCUAUCAUUGGGUGCGAUGUUCUCACAAGUGCCCACAGACAGGUUCAACGUGUCCAAGUCUAUUGCAGUACUGUGCACUGCGGCGGGACUUGUGGUGUUAGGGUUGUCGGAGAGCAGGACAGGGAACUGGACUGGCGUGCUGGCCGCGCUGGGCGCCUCGCUCUGCUACGCCGUGCAUCUCCUCCUCUUCCGACACGAGCUGAGGAAAGGAGACGGCAUCAAUUCUGUACUACUCAUUGGUGUGGUGGGGAGCGCGUGUGGCUGUCUGGCGUGGGCUAUGGGGGGCGUGCUGGUGGCCACCGGCCUUGAGACAGCAGACCUGCCCCCACCAAACCUCUGGACUUGGCUGUUACUGGACGCGGUUCUGGGCCCUCUGCUGCUGGACUCGCUGUGGAUUUGGGGCAGAUCUCUGACGUCAAAUAAGACGGCGAGCGGAAUGCUGGCGCUGAGCGUGCCGCUGGGGGCGUGUGUGGAGGCGUGGCGUGGGGCGGGGGCGGGGGCCGGGGCUGGGGCAGGGGGCGCGGUGUGCAGGUUGGCGGCCGCACUGCUGGCAGCUGCGGGCUGGGCAGCGCUCGACUUGCCCCGUCUGCCCCAUUUGCCCCAUUUCCCCUGCCUCACUACGCGACUCCGACCCACAGACGGAUUCUCGAGUAUAAGAAAUAUAGCAGAACUUGACGAACAAUCAGAAGCGCUGAUGUCGUCGGAGGAGCCGACGUAACUCUGCGGAACUGAGUGCUUGUCACAAGCACGAAUAACGCAACACACCUAUUUCAUAAUUCCUAUACAUGUUAUGAUAUAACAAGCCCGUUUUCAUUAUUUUAUAACCCAGAGUAGAAACUAGGUACUUCCUACUAAGACGCAAUCGAUGUAGGUGGUCCUUCG